AUGAGCUCGCCGGCCCCCUACUUCCAACCGGUGAGUCCCGGGCGGGCGGGCGGGGGGUUGGGGGCUGCCCACCCGUCGAGCCCCCCGCCUGCGGCUCCCGUCACCCCCGGUCCCCCUCCGCCAAGGGGCGCGCGGGGUCCCCUCUUGGGGGGACGGGACCCGGCAGCCUCAUCUCGUCCGCCCGGGGAAGCGGCGCAGGGGACCCCCAAGGAGGGCUGUGCCGAGGAAGCGGGGGGGGGGCAGCCCCUGGACGGCACUCCACACCCACCCACCUCCCCCCGUGCGGAGCCGCCCCUUGGCAUGUGGGGCCCCCCGGUUGAGUCCCGGAGCGUGAGGAGGCGCCCUCUGGGCCCGCGAGCCCCUCCGCCGAAGAGGCGGCCCCAAGGAGUGCCCGGGGAAGGGGGGCCCGGACAGGCACGUGGGGAGCGGCCCGGGUGCCCGCAGGGCUCCGCCCCAGCCCCCGAAGCCCGCCCGCCCGCGCCUCCAGGCGCCCGGGGCUGCCAGGGCUCGCCCAGGGCGCACCUGGCACCUUGGCGCACCUUGAGCGCCCUGGCCCUGGCCCUGGCCCGCCCUGGCCUGCUGGGAUCUUUGCCAGGGGCCGAAUUCAGAGGAAGGGCCAGAACCCCCCCCCCAACUCAAGCCAGGGGUCCCAGUCAGAGCCGGUCCCGCGCGAAGCGGAGGGCCGAGACCGAGCGGCCCUUCGCUCGCCGGCAGGCCGCCCUUGUGGGCCUCACUCGAGGGAUGCAAGAGAAAGCCACGACCAAGCCAGGAGUUCACCCGUCCCUCCCAUUUAGGGGUCCCAUCUAUGGCGGCCUCCGUGAUGGGCUGGUUGUGCUAGUCACUGGAAGCGUUCUUCAUAAAUGUACCAGAUUCGAAGUCAACUUCCAGUGUGGUUCUGCCCAAGUACCUCGCCCGGACAUUGCUUUCCAUUUCAACCCGCGAUUUGACGAGGGCGGCUGCGUGGUCUGGAAUUCAUUGGAAAGAGGGUCUUGGCAACAUGAGGAACGCCAGUCCAGCAUGCCCUUCCACAAAGGCCAGCCAUUUGAGAUCCGCUUCCUGGUGAAAAGCAGCGGCUUCAUGGUUGCUGUAAACGGGAUGCAUUAUUUGGAAUUCAAGCACAGGAUCCCCAUGUCCAGAGUGGACACCAUUGCCAUCUCUGGGGGCGUGGAGGUGGCUUCCAUUAGCUUCCAAGGCCCAACUGCCCCAGAUGUUUGGACUGCUCAAUCAGCAGCAACGACGAAUGCUGCUUUCCCACCAGGAAUGAUCUAUAAUCAAAGAGCUGCUUUCCAACCUGGACCACAUUUUCAGCCACAAACUUAUUCUGUGCCUUAUCGAGUUGCACUUUUUGGAGGCCUUUUCCCAUCCAAAUCUAUUACAGUAUCAGGAACUGUACUUCAUGGAGCUAAAAGGUUCCAUAUCAAUCUGAAGGUGGGUCAAGACACUGCAUUCCACCUGAACCCCCGCUUCAGCGAGAACGUGAUUGUUCGGAACUCGAAAUUCAGUGGCCAGUGGGGGCCAGAGGAGCGCCACUUGCCAGGGGGCAUGCCGUUUCACCCGGGGCAGACCUUUGCAAUCUGGAUUCUGUGUGAACUGACAUGCUUCCGAGUGGCCGUGAAUGGGCAGCAUCAGUUUGAUUACAACCAUAGAGUUCCUAACUUCCAGCAGAUAGACCAACUGGAAAUCAAGGGAGACGUUGUGCUGAGUGGGGUCCAGGCUUAA